UAAGUACUUUACAACAAGUUAGCAAAAUGAGUUUAUGGUUACCACCAGAUAUAGCCCCAAUCUGCGCAACCGCACAUGCAAAUCUUACACAGUGCUCUUCAACAGGCUUUCUUUAUUUGGCUCUAGUGACUCAACUCUUUGGUAAUACUACAUAUAAUAGCUAUCCCGAAUACAACCAAGAUAAUGCACACAUGUGUGAAGAAAACAAAGACACAAAUAAUGCUGAAGAAGAUAAUAUUAAGAACAUUGAUGAUGGAAAUAAGAAAUACGACUAUAUAAUAGUUGGAGCUGGUUCUGCAGGCUGUGUACUUGCUAACAGAUUAUCUGAAGAUGAAGAUCAAGAGAUUUUACUUUUGGAAGCCGGUUUGGAAGAACCAGAUGUAACAAUGGUGCCAGCCCUUCCAGGAUUAUUGGCUAACUCCAAGAUCGACUGGAUGUAUAAAACUCAGCCGGAAGAAACUAACUGUUUAUCGCAAAAAGGCCAAUCUUGUCCUACAUUAAGAGGCAAAACAAUGGGUGGGUCUAGUGCUGUAAAUUAUAUGGUGUAUAUGAGAGGUAGUAAGAUAGAUUAUGAUAAUUGGGCCAAAGACGGCAACGAAGGUUGGAGUUAUGACGAGGUCUUACCAUACUUUAAAAAAUCUGAAAAUUAUCGAUACGCUGAAACCAUCGAUACCGAAUAUCAUGGAAUUGGUGGUCCAUUGAACGUCGAAAGAUUUUCUUACGUUGAUGAAGUAUCCGUUAUGCUUGUAAACGCUUAUAAUGAAAAGGGUUUACCAAUUAUUGAUUUAAGUAAAGACAGCAAAGUUGGCGUAGAUAUAAAUCUGUCUACAUCUAAAGACGGUAAACGACAAUCAGCUAAUGUUGCAUUUAUAAAGCCGAUAAGGAAUAAGAGAGAGAACUUACAAAUCAUAACAGAUGCAUUUGUUACUAAAGUAAUUAUAGACGAGUUUACAAAAACGGCAAUUGGGAUAGAAUAUUAUAAAAAUGGAACAUUUCAUAAAGUUUUUGCUGAAAAGGAAGUUAUAGUAAGCGCUGGUUCAAUUAAUUCGCCAAAAUUACUUAAAUUAUCUGGCAUCGGACCGAAAGCGGAACUAGAAAGUCUUAACAUUCCCGUUUUAGCCGAUUUGAAAGUUGGAUAUAAUCUUCAUGAUCAUGUCACAACUGACGGUCUCACAGUUGCACUAACCAAUGAAUGUGAAACAUUAAAAACACAAGAAGAAUUGCUAAGUGAAAUAUUCAACUAUUAUGUUCAAAAUGAAACUAAAGAUGGUCCCUUGUCUACAACAUCGACUAUUAAUAGUGUCGCAUUUAUAAAGACAAGCUAUGAAAAGGAAAAUGCACCAGAUAUCCAAAUUCAUAGUGAUGGUAGGAAUGUGGCUGAAUAUAUCGCAGAUCCGAGUACAUAUAUGGCAACAAAUGUUUUCCCCUUAUCUUUCUAUGAUGGCAUUGCACCUAGACCAUUGCUGCUUACUCCAAAAAGUAGAGGUUAUAUCUUGCUUAAUAUGACAGAUCCCACAUUUGGGGCACCAUUGAUUUACCCAGGCUACCUUAAAGAGCAAGAAGAUAUAGAUAGAUUAGUCGAGGCUAUAAAAUUCUUAUUAAGUUUAGAAGAUACAGAAAGUUUCAGGCAAUGUGGUGCUAGAUAUGUUAAAAUACCAGUAGAAGGUUGUACUGAUUAUGAAUGGGGUACAUAUGAAUAUUUUGUUUGUAUAUUAACACACCGUACGGCGACUAUUUACCAUCCAGUAGGGACUUGUAAAAUGGGGCCAGCUGAAGAUCCAGACGCUGUUGUAGAUCCAAGGCUGAGAGUGUACGGUAUCGAAAGAUUGAGAGUGGUUGAUUCUGCUAUCAUACCCAAAAUUGUCAGAGGCAAUUUGAAUGCCCCAACAAUAAUGAUAGCAGAAAAGGCUAGCGACAUGAUUAAAAAGGACCGUGCUGAUUUAAAUGUGGAGUAAAGGAGAUUGUUUUCUUUAUUACAUCUGUCACUGAAAUUAUAUUGUAACAAGUACAAAAUUAUUUUACGAUUGAAUAAUCUGUUCUAGGUCACCCAUAAUUACUUACCAGGCAAUCCUCGUGACACUAGACCAGUUUCCUUAAUAGCACUAUUUGACCUUAAUUGUAAAAAUCUUGCUGGGCACUGUACAUUGUUACGUAAUAUACGAUUCACUGAGUUGCUCGUAAAUAUAGGAAAUGGUCGGCUGUUUGUAUAGAGAUGAGCGAGUAGAUUACUUUUUUCACUCCCUCCUUUUCUUUAUUUUAUUGAACGCCUCGUUAGGAUGGCUAGGGUUGCCAAUAAUAUUAUCCUGGCAUACGAUUAG